UUUUUUUCUUCGGGUCCAACCGUCUUUCACGUUUUCACUAGUGCAGAAACAAACAUCAAUUUAUUGUACCAAAACAGGUGCUGCCAAUUAUAGAAAAAAAGAAACAAAAUUUUGCAGACAAACUAUGGGAAGAAAUCAAGAGGGACAGUUUAACGGAGCUGGAAACUCCGAAUCAGCAGGAUCAAGCAGUUCAUCCGGCUGUAGUUCGUCAUCUACAGAGCUCUACGAUCUUGCAGCUGCACACGCCGCACUUAUAUCCCGACAGCAACAGAUUCUCAGUCAGGCAAUCCCAAUAAUACCGGAACACCAGCUGGCCGCCGUCGCCGCUCACCAUCAACAUCACCAGCAGCUUCACCCAUCGGUACAGUACCAGCUCGUCGCUGCCGCCACCCAUCACAAUCAUCAUCAGCCGCAAGCGGCACAACCACACUAUUCAGCAGUUGUGCCACGAUCUGACGUAAUACAACAACCACCACACUUUGCUCUGCACCACCAUCUUCAGAAUUUGGUUCAACAGCAGCAGCAACAGCAGGCUCACCAUCAUCAUCAGCAAUUAGUUGGUGAAAUGGCCCUAGUUUCACAUACACAUCCGGCCGCCGUCGGCUCUACGACGUGCUACGAAAAAAAUCAGCAGAAACAGCAACAAGUACAGCAGAUUCCCACACAACCACAGGUCGCCCACGUGUCUUCAAAUGCGAUCCUCGCUGCCGCACAACCAUUCUACCCUCCACCAGUACAAGAUAGUCAGCCAGACAGGCCUAUUGGUUAUGGUGCAUUUGGAGUUGUAUGGUCAGUAACAGAUCCGCGGAGUGGAAAACGAGUAGCUCUCAAAAAAAUGCCCAACGUGUUCCAGAAUCUUGCUUCUUGUAAGCGAGUGUUUCGAGAAAUCAAAAUGCUCAGCUCAUUCCGACAUGACAACGUUCUCUCGCUGCUAGACAUUCUGCAACCCGCGAAUCCGAGCUUUUUUCAAGAAUUAUAUGUGCUCACGGAGUUGAUGCAGAGCGACCUACACAAGAUUAUCGUUUCCCCGCAAGCUUUGACACCCGACCAUGUCAAAGUUUUUGUUUAUCAGAUUCUCAGAGGACUAAAAUAUUUGCACACUGCAAACAUCCUGCAUCGAGACAUCAAACCGGGAAAUCUCUUAGUCAACAGCAAUUGCAUUUUAAAAAUUUGCGAUUUUGGACUCGCUCGAACCUGGGACCAACGUGACCGGCUCAACAUGACACACGAGGUUGUGACCCAGUACUAUAGAGCCCCGGAGUUGUUAAUGGGCGCGCGAAGGUAUACGGGAGCCGUGGAUAUUUGGUCCGUCGGUUGCAUAUUUGCCGAGCUGCUACAAAGGAAAAUUCUAUUUCAAGCCGCCGGUCCGAUUGAGCAGCUGCAAAUGAUUAUCGAUUUAUUGGGAACCCCAUCGCAAGAGGCUAUGAAAUACGCUUGUGAGGGAGCCAAGAACCAUGUGCUCCGCGCCGGUCUUCGAGCUCCUGACACACAGAGGCUGUACAAGAUCGCAUCGCCUGAUGAUAAGAAUCACGAGGCGGUGGAUUUACUGCAGAAGCUUCUGCACUUCGAUCCGGAUAAGAGAAUUAGUGUGGAGGAGGCACUGCAACAUCGAUAUUUAGAAGAAGGGCGUCUGCGAUUCCACUCGUGUAUGUGCUCGUGCUGCUAUACGAAACCAAAUAUGCCGUCGAGGUUGUUCGCGCAGGAUUUGGAUCCACGUCACGAGAGCCCAUUCGAUCCAAAGUGGGAGAAGGACAUGUCCCGACUAUCGAUGUUUGAGCUCCGCGAGAAAAUGUACCAAUUUGUGAUGGACAGGCCUGCGUUGUACGGUGUCGCCCUUUGCAUAAAUCCCCAAUCGGCGGCCUACAAGAACUUUGCAAGCUCGUCAGUUGCUCAGGCCUCAGAAUUACCUCCAUCACCGCAGGCUUGGUGACAAAAAAAUGAUUAUUGAUUUAUAUUCCAUUUGUUAGCCUCUUCAACUCACCAAUAAUCAUUUUCAGUCGUCUCGCCGUUUGCUUUUUCUGUGGAUUGCCCCACGUGUAAUUAUUGAUUGGCAAAUCGCGUCCCCCGCCACUCUAUGAGCUUUUUAUGUGAUCCUUCAACAAAAGUUUUUUGAAAUAUCCCAUUUAGUUAUUGAUUUUCCUAUUCUUCUUGUGAUUGUGCUGGUCGCUUUUGCAUCAAAAGUGCGUCUUCUCUUCUUCUUAAAGGUGCCCCUCUUUCAAAACAAAAAAUGCCACAGUUCUUUCAAAAAUGUCUCCCAUUUUCCCCUAUUCUUUUUUUGGUCGUAUACAUCACGGUGAAUUUCGUUUCAAAGAUUUUUAUGUUUUUUUUCUUAAAUGUAUUUUCUUAACUUAUAUAUGUAUAUCACUCAAAAAUCUCGUCCUUUUUCUCAUCUACAUAACUUGAAAAUUUUUGUUUCAUGUUUCAUUUUCCCCACUCCCGAAUGCCCCAAGUGUCUUUCAACUUCAAAAAAUCUGCUUGUUUCAUUUUUUCCACUGAAAAUGUUUGUCUUAAAAAUAUCUUCAUAUAAACACAUACACUAAAGUGCCAAUACUACCGAGUUCUUUCACGAAAAACUACGAAACUUUUCCUCAUUUUUCAUGUAAAUGCCCCGAAAUCCUGCUCACGAAUCAACCCUCCCCCACCCCCAACACCCACAAACUUACGUUUCGGGUUACUGUAGAAGACACAGUAAUCCUUUUAUCGCGAUUUUCCAUGAGUAAAAACAUAAUUCAAGUUAGAUUCAUUGAGGAUUAGUUUCGCCCCCAUCUCUCUUCAAUACACUUCUGAACAUAAUACUGUUUAUUGUUUUUUCUUUCAUCUUUUCUCACUUUGAACUAAAAAAACAGCUAAUAAAAGUUUCAAACUCUU